AUGGGCAUGACUCAGGAACUACCAGACAUCCGCAAGUUCUCGGCCAUGCUUGCUAAGCUCCACCGUGACAGUAUGGUUGACAAGGAUGCCCCGAAGGAGUUCGGGUUCCAUGUCAUGACGCACGAAGGUACCAUGUACCAAGAUCUUUCUUGGUGCAAGUCAUGGGAGGAGAUGUAUACGCGUCGAUUCCAAUCCUUUGUUGACCAAGAACGAGUUUCCCAAGGCCCCAGUAAAGAACUUGACCAGAUCCUGCCGGGAUUUAUAAGCAAGGUCAUCCCUCGUCUGCUACGCCCUCUCGAAACCCACGGUAGGACCAUCAGACCUGUUGCAUUACAUGGAGAUGUCUGGUAUGGAAACCUAGCUGUAGACGCAACCACAGGGGAGCCAGUGUACUUUGAUCCAUCAGUCUUCUGGGGCCAUAAUGAGUAUGACGUUGGAAGCAUGGGUACCCCCCGUUACGGACUUGGCCGGGACUGGAUCGUAGAAUACCACAAGUUCUUCCCAGUUUCAGCCCCAGAAGAAGAUCAUGAGGCUAGAAACGCCCUUUACGCCAUGGCGAUUGAAGAGAUGAAACGACUACUCCAAGCUUACCCCCACGGAUACCAGGCACAAGAGCUCGGUGAAAGCGAGCCCGUUGCAAACGCUGAACAGCUAAAUACUAAUCCCAAGCCGAGACCCGACAUUCCGCGUUCCGCCGAAGCAGUGGCUCGGCUCUAUACCCUCAGCAUGAAAGAGUAUGCCACGUCGAGCCCUGACGAAAUGUUUGGGUUCCAUGUACCCACCUACAACGGGACGCUUCCGCAGGACAAUACUUGGACCAAGCCCUGGAAAGAAUUCCACGUUGCGGGAAUGGAGCGGAUGCUAGCUCUAGAGGAAGAAGCAAGAGAACCGAGUGACGAACUAAAGAGACUUUCGGAACCCUUCCUCAGAAGGGUCAUCCCAAGACUUCUCGAUCCCCUGGAAACGAAUGGUACAAGUAUCAAGCCUGUGCUUCUUCAUGGCGAUUUGUGGCUGGGAAACGUCUCAUGCCAGAAGGCGUCUGAAAAUAAAGAUCCGCUGUUGUUCGAUGCUGCAGCUUUCUGGGGCCACAACGAGUACGAGCUUGCUACUUUACGUCCUUUGGCGGAUGAUUGGGCCAAAGAGUGUUAUAGAGCCUACCACGAGCUCGUUCCAAGAUCCGAACCCGAGGAAGACUGGGAUGCCCGUAAUGCCCUUUAUGCAACGGCCGUUUGUUUCACCGGGAGCUACGCAAUCCUUCAUCAAUUCAUGGUUUUUGACACUCUUUGA